AGUUAUUCCGCGUGUGCUUUCCUACAAGUCAUGGAAAAAGAAAAAGGGAGCGGUUAUGUUUUACAAAAAGUUUAGACAUAAGUAGUACACUAAACUACACUAAACACUACACUUGAACGGUAGUCUGUUUAAUUUGUGAACUGGCUUCAGUUCACAAAUAGCAAAAGUGUCGGUUGAAAUCCGCUGAAACAAAUUGUGAAGGAAGUUAGCGCAGCUAGGUGUUGUAGGCUAGACUCUAGCAUUGAAGCUGACUGGUUCAACCUUUGUUUUGGUAAUGUUACACUAAGUUUUUUCCAUUUAAUUCACUUUAUAUGUGUUUUGUGUUUGUGAUUCACUCUGUGGCCGUUAGAGGGCCGUCUACACCCAUUUCCAUGGCAACUGCAAAGCCGUAAACAGCAGUAUGCUCACAUCUGACAGCAAAACGCUCACUGCUUGUUUCGAACUCCUCUAAACAAUGGAGACAAUAAAAUUAGAUAGAUCAGCUUCAGAGGCCGUGGAUGACUACUGGGAGUACAGAAGGUUUGUCUUCUAUUAGCCUAUAAUGUUUUGAAUACACUUUGUAAUAGUCAGACUGGGACAUUCAUAGCAGUGCAAACUAUAGCUCUUCAGAUGUGUUCAAAUGUUGAAAUAUUCUUCUUUACUCACAGUAGUUAUACGGGGUAUACAUGUUUAUUUGUGAAUCGUCUUUAAAGGAUUGUUGGGGAUGAUGAUGGAGGAAAACUAUUCACCCCUAAGCAAUAUGAAGAGUAUAAAAAGAAGGUGAUUCCUCAGCGAAUGGAAAACAGGCUGUAUGUGAGCUUUGGGGUGCCAGGAGGUAUUGACUGCAAACUCAUAGGCCCCGAAACUCUGUGUUUUUGUGCACACAGGUAACAAGCACUUCACCCAGUUGUUUAUCUGUUAUUUGUGUUUUACAUAUCUUCUUUACAUUCUAGCACAUGUAGAAAUAAACACUUUAUGGAGGUAUCUAUGUUUGUCCAGGUACAAGCAACAUAAGACAGAUUUCAAAGUGGUGCCCUCCGAGCGUCCUCUUGCUCUACCAUGCCCGGUCAGAGGAUGCCUCUGUGUGGCCUAUCAGUAUGUCCCCCGGAUCGGGCCAAACCAAGUUCGCUGCAGGUGUAAACACUUACCUGAGGAUCACAGUGAAGCUACGGGCCACUUGUGCAAUAAGUGUGAGUUGGUUAACAUUGUACUUAAUGACAGUAUAGUCACUAGACCAUAAUUAACCCUAGCUGGAGGCACAGUGUAAAAAGAUUAAUAACAGAUUUGCUUCUUUUACACCUAUUUUUCAGGUCACUCCUGUUCUGGGUAUCAUAGCCCCUACACCUGUGGGUGCGGCCAACCCAGCUCUGCUCAUCAAACCCUGGUGAGAAUAAAUGAACAUACAAUUAAUUAAUACCAUGUAUUCAUUGAAAAUUUUCUGACAUUAUUCGAGCUAAAUUAAUAUCAUUUUCCUUGUAGAUUGAGACAAAACAGGAGAGGGAGGCACGUGGGCGGCCUACGGGCAGGGAUGUCCCUAAUGCUGCAAUGGGAGGACUGACUGGCUUCAGCUCUUUACUGGAUGGUUACCUUGCUUUGGAGGCCUGUAGCUCAGGUAAGAACCACAUAUCAAGUCUUGGAAUGUUGAAUUAAUCUUUGUCUGGCAGCAGUGGAACCAAUUUAAUACUCUUGUAGAUCUAUAACUUUUCACAAACACCAAAGGGUGAAUUCACAUGUUCUUAAGUUUCUCAAAUUUCUUAAACUGGAAUGGAUUUAUCUCAUCGUCCCAUCAUCAGAUACAUGCAGGGUAAGCUUCCACCCACUAGGCUGUACCUAAACUGUAUGAGGCUCCUCUUAGUCACACAUUUGUGAUUCUGUUAUGAUCUACACGUGACAAGACUAAAUUAGUCUAUUUACCCGUUUUGUGAUAAUUCAAAAUGACUGGUUUCCUGUUCCUCUUACCGCCAAGUUUUUACACCUUCACUGUUGUACAAGUGCAGAGGCUGAAGAGUUUUCACAAUAUGAAUGUAGUUUAUCAGAAAAUAUCCCAGCAAUGUGCAGCAACAUCAGCUCCCACUGAAAGCAAACGCAACUCUUUUUUUAAAAACAAUCUUUGAUGCAUGGAGCCUGUGCUCAGGUGACCCAGAUUUUGUUAAGUCUGCUGCAAAAUUGUACAAAGUGUGUUUGCAGACUUUCAAGUUGAGGUGGAAAAAUUCCUUGAAAAGGCAUAUGAGGGCAGCAAAGAGCAGCACAGCAGCUGUGCUGAAUGAGUUUUUUUGGUUUGUGAUGUGUUGAGUAAAAACACACCUUAAAUUUUGUCACAUAUUUAAUAGAUUAAGAAAACUAAUGUAUCUAUUAUAGCAAUAUUUCUGAGUAUUAAUUACCUUUACCUACCUUAUUUUCUUGCAAAUUUACUUCAUAAAGCUGUAUUUGUCAAAUUAAGAAACAGUCUGUUGUUAAGAGUAAAGUGUAUGGUGACAUAUAAAGUUGCUGAAAAAUAUUCUGCAUGUUAAGUGAAGUUUGUGGAUUUUAUGUAGCCUGUCAGAAAGUCAUUUUUCACCUUGUCUUACACCCAAGGUAGUUUAAUUGAUGACUGAGAGUGCCACAUUAAUUUUAAAGUCCAUUUUGUGCUGUAAAUUAUUUAUGAUUUAAUAUUCUGUUGACUGAUUAUUUCAGGAUUUGGCAUUUAGGUUAUGCAACAACACCGGUAGUUCUGUCCAGGACUGGCUGUAAACAGAUGCGUUGUCAAAACUAAAAACAGUCAGUGAGACAGGUUCAGGCACAGUUUUUAAAGUGAUUAUUACAAACAGUUUCAGUCAUGUACAAGUACAUCACACCCACAAAUCAGAUAUGAUUUUCAUAAUCUGCUGCAUCUCUUUCAGAUCCAGGCAGAGAAGAUGGCAGCCAACAGAGACACUCAGGAUCAGGGAUCAAAAAAACCUCUCCUCAAACGUCACACUCUCCUCACUGUAAAAGAGAAGCACACCAACACUGAUAGGCAUCAUUCUUCUCUAUUCAUCAAACCAUUCAUUAUAAUUACUAGAUAAUUCACAUUUAUCCAAUCAAAUAAAUCCUACAUAUCUGAUGUACAAAA